GUUUCCUUCUUCUAUACGGCUUACGGUUUUAGUUAGCUGUACUUUCCUCCUUAUUUAUCUAGUGGUAAUAUUAUUAGUUGGCUGUUCUUAUUCUUUUCAACUUGUAAAAUUAUUGGACAGCUUUGCUUCAGUAGUUCGAGAUGAGGCGCGCCGGACUGGGUGAAGGAGGCUCUGGACAGUAUGUAGCCAGUGGAUACAGUGUUUAUGAGGAGGAAAACCAGCACCUUCAGGAGGGACUCCGAGCUAAAGUCAACGCCUUGAAAAGUCUGUCAAUUGACAUUGGAACAGAAGUCAAAUACCAGAAUAAAAUGCUGGAUGACAUGGACUCAGACUUUGACUCGACAGGCGGACUACUCGGAGCAACCAUCGGCAGAGUAAAACAGCUCUCCAGAGGCAGUCAGACUAAACUACUGUGCUACCUGCUGCUCUUCUGCUUUUUUGURUUCUUUGUUCUGUACUGGUUUAUCAAACUGAGGUGAUAAGCGCACCUUUCUGGACUUGGCCCUUUAGUUCCACAUCUGCGAUCCCUGUCUGAUGGAUGUCUAACCCAGYCUGACAUAAUGAUGUAAGGCAAGGAUUUGUUUUUCUAAAAAUAUGACUUGGCUUCAUGUGCUCAGAGUCUGAGCAAUUCACACAYUGACCCCAAUUCGGUUGCAAAAGAACUCCCAUUGAUGGUUGUCUGUACAAUUAAACAGGCUGAUUGAAGUGCAAAAGACCCAAUAAUAAAAAAAAAAAGACCUGUAAUAAUGGUUGAAUAAAAACUUUAUGCUGUAGAGGAAACUUACAGAUCAYCAGCUGACGAACAGUUUCACACAGCACAUGUGCUAAAACUGAUUAAAGUUUCAGAGUAUUUGUUUGUUAUAGAAUAAAUAGAUCAUGCUAACAGCAUCAUCAUCCUCUGUUCCAGCUUAUUGUAAAAAUGUUGAUGUAAAUAAACAAAUUUUAUGUUCA